CCGGGGCACCGGGCGGCGGCGGCGGCGCGCGCCAUGUCGUUCAGUGAAAUGAACCGCAGGACGCUGGCGUUCCGAGGAGGCGGGUUGGUCACCGCCAGCGGCGGCGGUUCCACGAACAAUAACGCUGGCGGGGAGGCCUCGGCUUGGCCUCAGCAGCCCCAGCCAAGACAGCCCCCGCCGCCAGCGCCGCCCGCGCUUCAGCAGCCCAAUGGGCGGGGGGCCGACGAGGAAACGGAAUUGGAGGGCCUGGAGCCCCAACACUUGGAGGCCUCCACUGGGGCGGCCGCCGCCGCCGAGGAAACCAAGGAGUUGCUGCUCCCCCAAGACGCGGUCGGCCCCACCUCGCUGGGCGGCGGUGGCUCGGGGGGCCCUUUGCUAGCGGAAAGGAACCGUCGGACUCUGGCCUUCCGAGGAGGUGGCGGCGGGGGUCUCGGCAACAAUAGCAGUAGCCGCGGCCGCCCGGAGACCUCGGCGUGGCCCCUGAGGCAUUUCAAUGGGCGAGGGCCGGCGGCUGUGGAUCUGGAGCUUGACGCGCUGGAGGGGAAGGAGUUGAUGCAGGACGGCGCGUCCCUGAGCGACAGCACCGAGGACGAGGAGGAGGGGGCGAGCCUGGGCGACGGCAGUGGGGCGGAAGGCGGCAGCUGCAGCAGCAGCAGGCGGUCGGGCGGCGAUGGUGGGGAUGAAGCGGAGGGCAGCGGUGUGGGAGCUGGCGAAGGAGAGACUGUCCAGCACUUCCCGCUCGCGCGGCCCAAGUCCCUAAUGCAGAAGCUACAGUGCUCUUUCCAGACCUCCUGGCUCAAGGAUUUUCCCUGGCUGCGAUAUUCAAAGGAUACUGGCCUUAUGUUUUGCGGCUGGUGCCAAAAGACCCCUGAUGAUGGGGGAAGCGUGGAUCUUCCGCAAGUGGGGCACGAUGAGCUUUCUCGAGGGACCCGUAACUACAAGAAAACCUUGCUUCUGAGGCACCACGUCUCCACCGAGCACAAACUCCACGAAGCCAACGCCCAGGCAAACAUCUAAUACAAGAUUUGUUUAAGAAUUUUAAAUUUGGGCAGUGAAUCAGAAAUUCCAUCAGAGGAGGGGUACUGUGACUUUAAUAGUAGGCCAAAUGAGAACUCUUAUUGUUAUCAACUUCUUCCACAACUAGAUGAACAGAGAAAGAAAGACAUUCUUUGUGAUGUCAGCAUUGUGGUGAGCGGGAAAAUCUUUAAAGCUCAUAAGAACAUCCUGGUUGCAGGCAGCCGUUUCUUUAAGACUUUAUAUUGCGUUUCAAACAAAGAAAGCCCUAACCAAAACAAUACUACCCAUUUAGAUAUUGCUGCAGUUCAAGGUUUUUCAGUCAUCUUGGACUUCUUGUAUUCUGGUAACCUGGUGCUCACAAGCCAAAAUGCCAUUGAAGUGAUGACAGUGGCCAGCUACCUUCAAAUGAGUGAAGUUGUUCAAACUUGCCGAAAUUUCAUUAAAGAUGCCUUAAAUAUAAGCAUUAAAUCAGAAGCUCCGGAGUCUGUAGUUGUGGACUACAAUAACAGAAAACCAGUUAAUAGAGAUGGUCUGUCUUCACGGGAUCAAAAAAUUGCCAGCUUUUGGGCAACACGGAAUCUUACCAAUUUGGCAAGUAAUAUAAAAAUUGAAAAUGAUGGUUGUAAUGUCGACGAGGGCCAAAUAGAAAACUACCAAAUGAAUGACAGUAAUUGGGUCCAGGAUGGUUCUCCUGAAUUGGCUGAAAAUGAAUCUCAAGGUCAAACAAAAGUAUUUAUUUGGAAUAACAUGGUCUCCCAGGGAAUUCAAGACACUGGCAAAACAAGGAGGAAAAACCAAACUACAAAGAGAUUUAUUUAUAAUAUACCACCUAAUAAUGAAACAAAUUUAGAAGAUUGCUCAGCGAUGCAGCCACCUGUUGCCUAUCCAGAAGAAAAUAAGACCCUAAUCAUUAAGGAGGAACCAGAUUUGGAUGGUGCUCUACUCUCAGGGCCUGAUGGUGAUAGGAAUAUGAAUGCAAAUUUAUUGGCUGAAGCCUGCUCUGGUCAAGAUGGAGGUGAUGCUGGUACUUCACAUGAUUUCAAGUAUGGUUUGAUGCCUGGUCCAUCAAGUGAUUUCAAGUAUGGAUUAAUACCAGGUACUUCAAAUGAUUUCAAGUAUGGAUUGCUACCAGGUGCUUCAAAUGAUUUCAAGUAUGGAUUAUUGCCAGAAUCGUGGCCAAAACAAGAAACUUGGGAAAAUGGUGAAUCAUCUCUAAUCAUGAACAAAUUAAAAUGCCCUCAUUGUAGCUAUGUAGGCAAAUACAGACGAACACUAAAAAGGCACUUGCUCAUUCAUACGGGAGUGAGAUCAUUUAGCUGUGAUAUUUGUGGAAAGCUGUUUACUCGUAGAGAACAUGUAAAAAGACAUUCCCUGGUGCAUAAAAAGGAUAAAAAAUACAAAUGUAUGGUGUGUAAGAAGAUCUUCAUGUUAGCAGCCAGUGUUGGAAUAAGACAUGGAUCUCGACGCUAUGGUGUUUGUGUAGACUGUGCAGAUAAAUCACAACCAGGAGGGCAAGAAGGUGUAGAUCAGGGGCAGGAUACAGAAUUCCCUCGGGAUGAAGAGUAUGAGGAGAAUGAAGUAGGAGAAGCUGAUGAAGAGCUGGUUGAUGAUGGAGAAGAUCAGAAUGAUCCAUCUAGAUGGGAUGAAUCAGGAGAUGUCUGUAUGUCUCUGGAUAAUUAACUGACCUGCUACUAUACUCCUCAAGGAUGCUGCAUUUGGACAUAAUAUGAAUCGACAAUUUGGAUUGUUGAACUUGAAGGCUUGCAAAAUAUGGUACAUGCUGGAUGGUAGUUAUGUUGCUGUGAAAACUGUAGGGUCAAAGCCUUAUAGCAAAUAUAUAUAUAU